UUUAUGGUCUGCUGGAAAAAAAUAAGUACAUGAUGUAACUUUUCUCUAUUUACAAGUCUACGACUUUUUUCAAGGUUCAACAGCUGAGACUUUGUGAGCCCAAAAAUCAUUUUGGACUAACAAUCUCUUUUUUGGGGUUGAAAACACUUGGGAUGGUGGGUGAGGACGAGAUUGAUCGGUUGCCAAUAGACCUCCUGGCUCAUAUAUUUGUUCUGAUCACUUCCUUCACUGAUUUAGCCCAGGCAAGCAGUGUGUGCCGGAAAUGGAAACAAGGGGUGAAGCAGUCUCUGGGUCGCAGAGAGAGUUUAAGCUUUGCUGGGUGGAAGAUGGACGAUGACUCCACUGCACGUCUGGUUCGCUAUGCUUACUGCCUCAAAGAGCUCGACAUUUCGAGGAGCCGUUGGGGUUGCCAGAUAAGUGACAGCGGAUUGUACAGAAUAUCUUUGGCAAAGUGUAUCAGCAAUUUAACAUCCAUAUCCUUAUGGGGCAUUACAGGGAUCACAGAUAAAGGUGUUGGUCAGCUGAUAUCAAGAGCUAAUUGCUUGCAGCACCUGAAUAUUGGUGGUACAUUUAUCACAGAUGAAUCAUUAUAUGCCAUAGCUGAUAGCUGUCCACACUUAAAGACUAUUGUCUUGUGGAGCUGCCGUCAUGUAACCGAGAAUGGCCUUCUUGUUCUUGUAAAUAGUUGCCGCAAGCUUGAGUCCAUCAAUUUAUGGGGGACCAGAGUUCCCGUGGAUUGCUUCAUUGCUCUGCUUACCAUCAGUCCGGUGCUAAAGAUAAAACCCGUAGGACUGCUAUUAAACGUUGAUGCUUCGAUGUUGCCGGUUGUAUAAGCUGCUCAUUCAUAUAGUUGCUUUCUACAUUGCCGUAUAUAUUUUCUUUCUUCAGCUCAAUGCCCUAGAUGGGAAGUUUGAGGUUUAUUUAUCAGCUCAAUAACCGCAGGUUGUUUUCUUAAUCUCUUGUUCUGUAUAUAAUUCACAUGAAUCACAUCCACCGGUAUUAUUUUGUGCAAGGUGUUAAUAAAGGUUGAAAUGAUUCAAAGAA